GUGCGGAGAGCUUAAAUGUGGUCGUAUUUUCCACGCCUGCAAUAAGUAUCUUUUAGCAAAUACCCUGCUGGGACCUAGUCCGCGUAGCAAGUGAAAUUUCCUUGGCAAUUGGCUGUUAUUCACUGUAUAAGAAGUCGAAAAAUAACUUCUUAAAGGAAAUUUUUACCUUGCAUUCGCUUCUAAAAUCAUCACUUGAUUUUGGUAGGAUUUCACACUUGUCGUUCAUUUGCUUCAGAAAGUAAACAGAAUUGGAGUUUUCAAGAGAAUAAGAGAAUUGGAAUUUUGUUUCUAUCUUAUUAGAUUAAUCUUCUUAUUCAUCUACGUUUGUUAUUUAUCGUAAGGAUUUAUAUCAAAAAACGAGAAAAAUAAUAUUGAUUUGUAUUUGCAUAAAGACUCUAUAUAUCUUACGAUUUCCUGUUCUUUCUCUCGAGAUUCAAUUAUUUCGGUGGUAAACACCUACAAUAUCGACGUUUUUAUUAUUGAUGCCUUCUUUUAUUCGUCGUUCUAAUGUAUCUUCAAGUUCAGCUGACCGACCUCUUGAACUAGACGUUCAGAUGGAAUCACCUCCUUUGAUUAUGUACGGAGCUCCGGAUGUAUCCUCUGGCGCCCUAGCAUCAGGUCUUCUAAAGAUGACGGUAUUUGAACAUGCUAUUCAAACCAAUUCUGUCAAUUUGAAAUUCAUGCGUGUAUUACAUACAAAAAAUCCUGUCCGUGAGAGCUGUCCCAAUUGUCGUGCAAUUGUUGAUGUCCUUGAAAGUUGGAAUUUUUCUUCAAGUACAUUCUCCUUUUCUCAUGGUACGCAUACCUGGCCAUUUAGUUUUAUUAUCCCGGGGCAUUUCCCUCAAACGACAGAAUCCCCAUUUGUUAAUAUCCGAUACUUUCUUUUGGCUACAGUAACCAGUGAUGUUUCUGCUAAUUCAAAUGUAAAACUUGAGCACACGCUAAACAUAAAGCGAUCGAUUAUUUUAAACACUGACAAAGUCGCUCAACGCCUCUUUCCUCCUACUUCUCUAGUCGCGUUGUUGGAGAUGCCUCCGGUGAUCCACGCUCUAAGCUGCAUCCCUAUACAAUUUCAGCUUACUGGAUGUAGGCCUCAAAAUACAAAAUAUUCAUGGCAUUUGUCAAAAGUAUCCUGGCGGAUAGAGGAGCAAAUCAAAGCUCAGAUUAACCCAUGCACGGAACAUGAAGGAAGUCGAAAACCACAUGUAUAUCGUGAAACUAGAUUGUUGGGAAACGACGAACACAGAACUGGGUGGAAGGUCGAUGGCGAUCGUAUAUUGUUUGAAAUACCUGUUAGUACUUCACUUUUAUCGAAACCUAUAUGCGAUGUUACGUUGGAUGGUCAAUAUAGCCUUUCGAUAGCUCACCAGUUGAUAUUUGAGACGAUUGUUGUGGAGGAAAUUAACGCACGCCCAGUCAAUUCAAAUGCUCGCAUUUUGAGAAUGAAGGUUAACUUGCCUCUUACAGAAAGAGGUGGUCUUGGCGUGAGUUGGGAUGAAGAAUGCCCUCCUAUGUUUAGUAGUGUUGGGCCGAGUCCUCCCCCCUAUGAGCACGCUAUACAGAUGCCUCCUGUAUAAUUGCCUUGCUGUUUUCCUUGCCUGUAUUUUACAAGUUUGAUCCCAUGUAUUUCUGUCUCUUUCUUUUAUGUUUUAUUCAUGCUUUUUGUUUUGGUUUUUAUUUCAUUUUAUUCAUGUCUUCCUUGUACCUUUUAUGAUACCCAGAGGAUGGUUUUUCUCUUCGUUAGGUUCCCUUAUGUUUGUAUGAUUUAUUAGAUUUGGUUUAGGGGUGAAUUAAUUAAUGCUAAUUUAAGUACCUUUUAUAUAGUUCAAAUCAUUUCAUUAUUGCAA